CACCGGCACAACACCAAAAACACAAUGGCGACCAACGCACCACGAAUUCCCUCUCAGGAGGAGCUGGAGCAGCGCAGGCGCCUCCAAGUCGGUCCCGAAACUGUCUCGAACCAAGCAUCAACCGACUUUCCUGGACAUUGGCCCGGUGAGAACCACGCAUGGAACAUCGACCACUUCAGAGAGACCUUCCGCGUGCAAUUCCAUAAGUCCGAACCUCUCGAUUCCGAGUUCUCUCUCAUUGGUAUCGAUACGUCCAUUGCCAAUGCUUUCCGCCGAAUUCUGAUUUCCGAGAUACCCACACUGGCCAUCGAGGAUGUUUUCAUUCGCCAAAACACCUCGAUCAUGCAGGACGAAGUGCUCGCGCAUCGCCUGGGCCUCAUUCCUCUCGCCGGCAAUCGCAACGCUCUUAACUGGAUGAAGUGGUACCAUCGUCCCACCGAAGACAACCAGAACUCCGGCAGCCCUUCAGAUUACAAUUGCGCAGUCCUACACUUGAACAUCAAGUGCGAAUGGAAAGCGGAUGGCUUAAAGUUGGCGGCACAAGGCGAGACAGAUCCGGACAAGCUUUUCGUGAACCACAGUGUAUACGCAAAAGAUUUGAGGUGGACUCCAAUCGGCAAGCAGGAAGAAAUUUUUGGCGACGGAAGGCCCCUCGAGGCCGUGAACCCGGAUAUUUUGAUUGUCAAGCUGAGGCCUGGACAAAGCAUCGAUCUCCUGAUGCAUGCGUUCAAAGGGAUUGGACAAGAUCACGCCAAAUUCUCUCCCGUGGCAACUGCAUCUUACCGACUUCUCCCUACUAUCGACAUCUUGAAGCCCAUCGUCGGCGACGACGCCAAGAAAUUCGCAAAAUGCUUCCCCAAAGGUGUUAUCGAUACGCCUGUAAUCACGACAGAAGACUCGCAGGACGAUUUGGAACUGCAGGGUAAAGAGGGCCAGGUUAGGGCUGUAGUAAAGAACGCGAUGAAGGAUACCGUAAGCAGAGAGGUCCUGCGACAUGAGGAAUUCAAGGACAAAGUCAAGCUUGGGAGGAUCAGGGAUCACUUCAUUUUCAAGAUCGAGAGCACUGGCCAAUGGGAUAGCGAAGACCUGUUCCUGGAGAGUGUCAAGCUGCUCAAGGUCAAGUGCCAACGCAUCCGGAGGGGGUUGGACGAGAUGAAUAAAUGAGGACCCCUGACUACUAGAGCGGAUGAAUCGUGCAUUGCGGGCGUUUGGGAUCUGGAGUGCCUUGGGAAAAGUCCAUGAUAUCACGGUAGGCAUUCUCACGUUAUAGCAGUCAUCUGUCACAAUACUGUAUGUUAGAC